AUGGGACGGCGCCCGCGGCUCCGGCUCCUCAAGGCCCUUCUCCUCCUGGGGCUGAACCCCGUCUCUGCCUUCCUCCAGGACCAGCACUGCGAGAGCCUGUCCCCAGCCAGCAACGUGUCUGGACUGCAUUGCAAUGCAUCCGUGGACCUCAUUGGCACCUGCUGGCCGCAGAGCCCCGCGGGGCAGCUGGUGGUUCGGCCCUGCCCUGCCUAUUUCUACGGUGUCCGCUACAACACCACAAACAACGGUUACAGACAGUGCCUGGCCAACGGCAGCUGGGCCGCCCGCGUGAACUACUCAGAGUGCCAGGAGAUCCUCAGCGAGGAGAAGAAGAACAAGGUGCACUACCAUCUUGCUAUCAUCAUCAACUACCUGGGCCACUGCGUUUCCCUGGUGGCCCUCCUGGUGGCUUUUGUCCUCUUUCUGCGGCUCAGGAGCAUCCGGUGCCUCAGAAACAUCAUCCACUGGAACCUCAUCUCGGCCUUCAUCCUGCGCAAUGCCACGUGGUUCGUGGUCCAGCUCACCAUGAGCCCCGAAGUCCACCAGAGCAACGUGGGCUGGUGCAGGUUGGUGACAGCCGCCUACAACUACUUCCACGUGACCAACUUCUUCUGGAUGUUUGGGGAGGGCUGCUACCUGCACACGGCCAUCGUGCUCACCUACUCCACCGACCGGCUGCGCAAGUGGAUGUUCAUCCUCAUUGGCUGGGGUCUGCCUUUCCCCAUCAUCGUGGCCUGGGCCAUUGGGAAGCUGUACUACGACAAUGAGAAGUGCUGGUUUGGCAAAAGGCCUGGGGUUUACACCGACUACAUCUACCAGGGCCCCAUGAUCUUGGUCCUGCUGAUCAAUUUUAUCUUCCUUUUCAACAUCGUCCGCAUCCUCAUGACCAAACUUCGGGCGUCCACCACGUCUGAGACCAUUCAGUACAGGAAGGCUGUGAAGGCCACUCUGGUACUGCUCCCCCUCCUGGGCAUCACCUACAUGCUGUUCUUCGUGAACCCCGGGGAGGACGAGGUCUCCCGGGUCGUCUUCAUCUACUUCAACUCCUUCCUGGAGUCCUUCCAGGGCUUCUUCGUGUCUGUGUUCUACUGUUUCCUCAACAGCGAGGUCCGCUCUGCUGUCCGGAAGAGAUGGCACCGAUGGCAGGACAAGCACUCGAUCCGCGCCCGGGUGGCCCGCGCCAUGUCCAUCCCCACCUCCCCAACCCGGGUCAGCUUCCACAGCAUCAAGCAGUCCACAGGGGUCUGA